CCUGAAGUAUGGUAAUCUUGUUAUUUGUUUAGGAAUGGCGUUUUCUCGGAGAGAAAAUUGUUAAAAUAUGAAUCUCUACCUCAUUUUCUUUCGCUAUCUAUUACGAUUACUUUUUUGUCCUUGAAUCUGAGCUUGCUCAGUGGACUGUCGCUUCCCUUACAACCUCAGAUUUCCGUUUCACCAUGUAUAUUGAUUUGUAGGCAGAGAAAAUUUAUGGGUUUUGGUUAUGGUUCUUAUGGAAGCACGUUGGUAAGAUAUAAAUGGUUUUGUUUUUUUCAAACUCGUUAGCUUCCAAGCUCACCGUAGGCUCAGAUUUCCGCUAGAUUCUUCCAUAGAGCAAAGAAGCUAUUUAUUGUACCUAUAGAAUUUGGGUUUGAUACACUUCUUUUCAAGAUAGCUAUAAUUGAUCUCAGCUCAUUAGGUGGAAAAUGUCAGUUUUAGGACGGAGAGGAAUUCAUUACUUUCAGAAACUAAAUGCAGCGAACAUUCCCACUGCAUUGAUUGAGAAGGGUCAAAAUCGUGUUAUUGAAGCUUCUCUAACACUCAUUCGCGAGAGAGCAAAGCUCAAGGGUGAGCUCGUGCGUGCUUUGGGAGGUGCUGUAGCAUCAGCGUCUCUUCUUGGAGUUCCUUUGGGACAUAACUCAUCAUUUCUUCAAGGUCCAGCAUUUGCACCUCCUCGGAUCAGGGAGGCCAUCUGGUGCGGGAGUACGAAUCCAACUACUGAAGAAGGGAAGGAACUUACUGACCCCAGAGUGCUGACUGAUGUCGGUGAUGUCCCUGUCCAAGAGAUCAGGGACUGCGGCGUAGAUGAUGAAAGAUUGAUGAAAGUCGUGAGCGAGUCUGUCAAGCUGGUGAUGGAAGAGGAUCCACUACGUCCACUGGUUUUAGGAGGCGACCACUCCAUAUCUUACCCUGUUAUCAGAGCUGUCUCUGAGAAGCUCGGGGGUCAAGUUGAUAUUCUUCAUCUCGAUGCCCAUCCCGAUAAUUAUGAUGCUUAUGAGGGAAACUACUUCUCGCAUGCUUCUUCUUUUGCACGAAUUAUGGAAGGUGGUUAUGCUAGACGACUUUUGCAGGUUGGUAUAAGAUCAAUAUCUCAAGAAGGAAGAGACCAGUGCAAAAGAUUUGGAGUCGAGCUGUAUGAAAUGCGAACCUUUUCAAGAGAUCGUGAAUAUUUAGAAAAUUUGAAACUGGGGGACGGUGUAAAGGGUGUUUACGUUUCAAUAGACGUCGACUCUCUCGAUCCAGCAUUUGCUCCUGGAGUGUCCCAUAUUGAGCCAGGUGGUUUGUCUUUCCGUGAUGUUCUGAACAUCAUCCACAAUCUUAAAGGGGACAUCGUGGGCGCAGACGUCGUCGAGUUCAACCCUCAGCGAGACACGGUCGACGGGAUGACAGCCAUGGUUGCUGCUAAAUUGGUAAGAGAACUCACAGCCAAGAUAGCAAAAUGAAAGUUCAAUCAUUAGGAUUCUAGCUACUAUAAAUACCUGUGUUUUGCUGAGGGAACUUUUUAUCACCCAUCAUUCCAGUAAUAAGUGAACUCCUGAGUGAUGAACAUUAUAAGGUCUUAUCUGUUUACUCCA